AUGUUGACUAAUAUUAAAAUGCAUUAGGAAAAUAUAAGGAAUGAUUUAAGGACUCAUUUGUUUGGCAAAUAAGGAUUCAAAAUCAGAAGAUCAGUUGAUAUUGAAAAUGUAAUAGUUUAAUAGGAAUAAGUAUAAUCGGUUGAAAGAUUUAAAGAUGCAUAUGUAUUAUAAGAAAAAAUAGGUAUUACUAAUAAAAUUAUUAAAGGUGAAGGAGCACAUUCAGUUGUUAGAAAAUGUUAUAAAAUACCUAAAUAAAGAAGUACUAAAUCAUUAAUGCCUAAAUCAAUACAAAUUUAUGCUGUUAAAUGUUUUAGAACUGAUGAUCCAGAAAUUGUCAAUACUAUUAUACAUACAUUCAAUUUAUAGAGAUAAUUACAAGAUAUCCCAUAAGUAUGUAGAACAUAUGAUUUAUUCAUUGAUCAAUAAACAAAGCAUCAUUAUCAAGUGAUAGAAUUUUGUGAUAGCCCUAAUUUGGAAUAAGUGUGCCGCAACCUCACUCUUAGAUAGAAACAAGAUACUAUUAAACAAUUAGCUUAGGUUAUUGGCUAAAUUCAUUCUAGAGGAAUCUCACAUAGAGAUUUAAAACCAGAAAAUAUUCUAAUUUAAACUGAACCAAACCUUUAAAUUAAAUUAAUCGAUUUUGGAGUCUCAAAACGAUUCAAAUAUAGAGACACGUUUACAGAAAUGUGGACUGCUACUGGAACCAUCUUAUAUUAGGCUCCAGAAGUCUUUUUAGGAGGAGGUUAUGAUGAAAAAGGUAUAUACUAUUUUUGUUAUAUAAUAAGUUGAUAUCUGGUCGAUUGGGAUUAUACUCUAUCAGUUGUUAUGUUAAACCUUACCUUUUUAUGCUGAAACCAUUAGUGAAACUAUAGAAUAAAUUACUUCAUUGGACCCUUAAUUUCAAUAUUCUUAAGAAUUUUUAUAGUUGAAUCAAGUUCAAAGAGAUCUGAUUAAGAGAUUGCUUAAACCAUAUCCUCAUUAAAGAUUAUCUGCAGAAGGUAUUAAUUCUAUUUAUUAGAAAUACCCUUACAUCCAUGGUUUGAUUAAGAAAAUCAUGUAGAUGCAAGUUCUGAUGACAUGAUUCUUGCAUAAGAUAUUAUUUAAGGAGAGAGAACUAUGUCUAAUUAAAUAGGUACAGAAAUUACAGAAUAACAAUUUUAAAAUUUAAUGGAUAGCCUUGAAUGGGGUAGAAGAAUUCAUUUUAACUAAUGAAUAUUUGUAUAUAAUGUGUUUUUAUUAUUUAUUAUAUAUAUAUAUAAUAUCAUAUGGGUAAUUAAGAAGGAAUGUGUUGUUUAUCUAGAGACAAAGAAUAUCAUGUAUUAAACAAUGAAUUAGUUAUAUUUCGAGAAUAUUUGAAUGUGAAAAUAACUGUAAAAUUAGGAGAUAUAUCAAAAGAAUCAGGAGAGAGUGUAAGUAAUUAAUUUAUCAUAUAUUUAAGUUUGUUUAUAUACGAAUCCUGAGAAAAUACCAUUACAACCAUUUCAUACAUAAUAAGUUUAUGAUAAUUUAUGUAAAAGUAAGUAGAUUAUAGUACGUUUUUAGUUGGUUUUGAAAAUAUGUACACUUAAAAUUUAGAAAUGAGCAAUUACAAAUGUAUUACUUAUUAUAGAGUGAGAGCAUUUGAGGUAUAGAAUAAUAUUAUUAUAUUAGUCAGAAAAAGAUUUAUUUUAAUAUUAUAAUGGAUAUAAAGAGUGGUAUUAUAAUAUUAGUAUUAAUAGUUUGACAUAAUUAAAUGAUGAUCAGUAUAAAGAAAUCUUAAUAUGUGAUUGUCCUAUUAAAUAAAGUAGAUCAUUUAGUUCUGAAGUACUAGUAAGAUCAAUUAUUGAGUAAAUUAUUAUGAGAUUAUUAUAGUUUCAUUGAGGAAUCUAAUAAUCGUUUACAUAUAAAGAGUAUAACCAUAAUGAAUUGUGAUAAAAAGAGUGUAAUAUAUGAUAAUUUAAUAAAGAGUCUCGUUUCCUUAAAUAUGAACUAAUCAAAUAAAUUGAAGAGUCUAAACAACCUGCAUUGAGGAAAGAUAGACAAAAUAAGUUUAUGAAGUUUAUAACAUCAACUAAGAGUAUAACUUCAGAAAUGGGAAGAUAAAAUAAAUGUGAUUUUAGUUUGAAAGAUUUUGAUUUAGGAGAUGAAUCUAAAUUGAUGAAUUUGAAAGAAGAAUAAUGA